AUGGAAGAUUCGGGAUUCAGUGGGGUGGUGCGACUUUCAAACAUUUCCGAUUUCAUCGCUCCCAACUUGGUAAGUAUAAUUCAUCACCGAAACUUCACCAAAUUCGUUCAGGACUGCAUCAUUCCGUUGGAGACGCGAACAGUGGAAAAACCGAAGGAAGAAUCACAAGUGAACAUUCGAACGAAAAAGACAAAGCAGGAGAAGCCGACCGAGAAAGAGAAAGAGAAGAGUUCCGUUAAGAUCUCCCUGGCGGACUGUCUCGCGUGCAACGGAUGCAUCACGAGUGCGGAGACUGUGCUCGUCGAGGAGCAAUCCUUCGGGCGUCUCUGGGAAGGCGUCCGGAGUGCCAAGCUGGUGGUCGUCACAGUUUCCCCGCAGACCAUCACCUCGAUCGCCGUCAAACUUCGGAAGACACCGGAAGAAGUGGCCGUGCUCGUGAGCAGAUUCUUCCGCAGGCGAGGCGUCCACCACGUGCUCGACUCUUCGUUCGCCCGCCAGUUUGCCCAUUCCCUUCUGUUCGAAGAGCUCGUCGCUACUCCCUCGACGAGUCGUCCGUUGCUCUCGUCCGCCUGUCCCGGAUUUGUUUGCUACGCGGAAAAGAGCCACGGAGAAUUGCUCAUUCCGAAGAUCAGCAAAAUCCGUUCGCCACAAGCCAUCACUGGCGCACUCGUCAAAUCAUUUCUGGCGAAACGGGAGGGAUUGAGUGCGUGCGAAGUGUUCCACGCGGCCGUAAUGCCGUGUUUUGACAAGAAGCUGGAGGCGUCGAGGGAGCAGUUCAAAGUGAACGGGACGGAAGUGCGGGAGACGGACUGUGUGGUGAGCACGGCGGAAUUGCUGGAGGAGAUUGAGAAGGAAGUGGAAGAGGGCGGAAGAGAAGAGAUUCGGAAGGGCGGAGAGGAUUGGAUGACGGCCCUGGAGAGGGGAGAAGUGAUCGGAGAAGUCGGCGGCGCUUCCGGAGGGUAUGCCGAUCGAAUCGUCCGAGAUUUUGUGGCUGCAAACGGAGGAAUCGUCAAGACUGCGAAAUUGUAAGUCGUCCGAACAGCUUUAUAAAUUCUGAAUUCGUUUUCAGAAACAAGAACAUGUACUCGACGACGGUGGAGAACGAAUCGGGAGAAGUGACGCUGCGAGUGGCCAAAGUGUACGGAUUCCGGAAUGUUCAGAACUUGGUGCGGAAAAUGAAGACGAAGAAGGAAAAAACGGACUACGUGGAAGUGAUGGCGUGUCCGGGAGGUUGCGCGAACGGAGGAGGGCAGAUUCGGUACGAAACGAUGGACGAGAGGGAGAAGAAGUUGGCGGAAGUAGAAGAGAAAUACGAAGGACUGGCACGGGGGAAAGGGACGGAUUGGCAGGAAGUGCAGAGGGAGUGGGAGCGGAUCGACGCAGGCUAUCGAGCACUUCUGUUCACGGACUACAAGGCUGUCGAGACGAACGUCGCGCAGGCACUCAAGUGGUGA